GACACAUUGAUGCGUGAGUAGGCCUAAGUGGCAAGGAUAUCAAUAACUGUAUAAUUCCUUGCUUAGAGACUUGCAGCAACGGUCGAGGACCAACUCCGAAAACCUACUCCGAAAACCUUCAUGGCUAUAUAGUUAUGAUGUUGCUUAUGUGUUUUAUAUUCUUAUUGAUUUCCUGUCAUAACGCCAAUGGACAGGUCUCAUGCGCUGAGCUGAAACAACAGGGAGAUCUAACGAAUGGGAUGAAAACUAUCAACCCAGAGGAGAUAGAUGGAGGGAACGUGUUGGUUGAAUGUGACAUGACCUUUGAUCCUAAUGAUGGUAUAACAGUCAUACACCAUGACAGUGAAGCACGGACACUGGUUCACGACGAUUCAUACGGAAACCAGGGAUCUUUUGUACGGACAAUUACUUACACGGGGUACACGAAUGAGCAGAUCAAACAAUUGAUUCAAAAAUCAGCAUCGUGUGAACAGUAUUUGGAGUUUCAUUGGAUUGCACCCCCAGCACUGCGUUCGUGUGCUGAAGUAAAAGCGGCUGGUUUCACACAGACUGAUUCUUAUCUUCUUGAUCCAGACGGUGAUGGAGGUGAAAGUGCAUUCUGGGCUUAUUGUGACCUGGAUGUCUAUGAGGAUGAGGUUGUUACCGUUGUAUUUCACGAUACUCCGUAUCGGACGUAUGUACAUGGAUAUUCUGAUCCCAAGUUCCAGCGAGUACUCACCUACCCUGCAACCGAUACUCAGCUGCGCAUGCUUACUGAAGAUUCUAGCUACUGUCAACAGUAUGUUGAUAUUGAUUGUUACCAUAACGCAUUUAUCACAAGCUGCCAUUGGAUCUCAAUUAAUGGAAAUGAAAUACUAAAUUGGGGAGGUGUGGCUAGUUAUUCCCACGCGUGCCCAUGUUCAAUAGAUGGAUCAUGUUCUAGUAGCAGUUACUAUUGCAAUUGUGAUGAGAAUGACUCCACGUGGCGUGAAGACAAAGGCUACAUCUUUAACAAGGAAGAACUACCAAUGAAAGAGAUUUUAAUAGGGGACACAGACGACUCUUAUGAAGAACUUUACUUCAGAGUAGGACCACUGGAAUGUAAAGGUGAUGCACAGAGUACGAUUACUCGUGGAAACUCGUGCUACAAAGUGAUGACUGAAGCCGUUACGUGGCAAGAAGCUGCAAACUCAUGCCAACGCAUGAACGCACAUCUAGUCACCAUUGACGAUGAUGAUGAACGCGUUUACCUGACCAAGUUAACGCAAGCACUCGUCCCUUUAUCGUCGUUCUGGUCUGACGCUGAAUGUUCACCUGUUUCCGCUGGUUUAAGUUUUAGUUGUGACGCUCUGAUUGGUUAUGUGUGCGAAGGUGAUCUCUCCGAGUAUAACCAUUUCAAGAAGUUUGGAUCUGACAAAUCACCACUAGAGGGCUCACUUCUAUCGUCAAAGACAGCAAUCAGUUCUGGGGCAUGUAGUUUGUAUUGUGAACGGUCUGCAAUCUGCAAUUCUUUCUCGUACAAUUCGGAAACUCAUGAAUGCAAGAUGAGUAGUGAAAGAACCGACUCAAAUGCCGUUUCAGAGAACGGUUUUGAUUUGUUCAUAUUAGAGACGACAUACAAGGAAUGUCAAAUGCAUCUUGGAUGAAUUUAAAAACUGUGUAUUUGUAUAAGUACAUUAUAAUCGUGUUUUUCGUUCAUCAUUCAAGAUUCAAGAUUCUUUUAUUGUCUGAAAUAAAACUCAGAAAUUGCAAUCACUGGCAAGGUAACAAGUGUUAAUAUCAUAUAAUAAAUAAAGAAACAAUUACAAAAAUAUAGAAACUAAUUAGCACCAAACAAUAUCUAGUCAAGAUGAACAUACAAAGAAAAUUAAAUACAAUUACACGUUAAACAUAAACUAAACUUAAACUUAAACACAUUAAACUUACUACUGUACUACUAAUUAAAACUACAAAUUAUCUAUUAAUAUUGUUAUUAUAAAGGUGAAUGGAGUUGGGAACAAAGGAGUUUCUAUAACGGCAACGUUUGGUGGGUGGCACAUUUAGACGGAAACCUGAGUUGUUAAAAGUAAAUUCAUUAUGUAGUGGAUGAGUUGUCGUUCAUUAUUUUCUUAAGUUUAGCUAGUGUGUAUUUUUCAUAAAUAUAAUCUAAAUGUAUAAUGUCGUCUUUAACAAUUUUCUUAAGAGUCUUCCUGAUGGAGUCUAAUUUCUUUAUAUUUUGUUUAGUCAGGUUUUUAUAUGUACAGAUUAAGCAGUAAGUUAAAACACUCUGUAUUUUUGCAUUGUAAAACAAUGAGAACCCGCACGAUUAAAAUCGUAACGGUUCUGGGUUUGGCCUACAGAAGGUCGUGCUUACAGGUCCAUCCAUUCAUAUAAAAAGCCUUUUUAAUGGAGAAAGUGUACCUCUCGUUAGCCAUAUAGUAGCCUAGGUCCAUACAUAACUCCGGCUAUAUAAAAUUUAUAAGAUUGAAAAAUGUUAAUCUUGUGACACUAUGUCCACGUUUUAAUUGGUAUUCAUUUGUUAAUAUUAUUAAUUAUAAUUAUAUUAUUUAUAUUUAAAUAAUGUAUUGUUUAAGUAUGAAUUACUAGUCCGUGUUAAAUUAAUCUAUUAAAAUUGUAUAUUUAAAUAAUAUAGUAUAGGCAUAGCCUAUGCCUGAGAUUUAGUGUGUGUAGGCCUAGUGUGAAAUUAUUAAUAAAUAUUAUGAAUAAAAAAUAACGCAAAAUGUGAAAGAAUAUAGGAAGAAGGAAGAAUAAGAAAGAGACUCGGAGCGGCUGAAAUAUUUUCCGAAAAUAUAAAAUAAUAGUUAAUAUGUCAUUAUUGCAUUACAUUUUUGUAACUAUUUUUAGGCACUAAUCAUCAGAGGUCUUGGUGCCGCAGCCUACACGUUUCAUAAUUCAACAUCGAAUCGGACCUUACAUGAUAUCCAAAAUAUCUUUAUAUGAAAUACAGAAUAGUUAACGUUUAGAAAACAAAAUAAAACAAAUGUAUUACCUAGAAGCAAAGAACAUUAUCUUUGCUAGAAGUACGUAUAAAUGUAGUAUGAUCGUGAACAUAAUCAUGCCGGGUUAAGCGGUAGUGAACAGAAUAAAAGUAAACUAAUUUGAUACUUGGA